UGAUAUAAUUAAGCGGAUUUAAUUUGGUUGACUUUGUGUACGUGAGUGGUUUUCUGGUACUUCGGGCGACUGUCAACAUGUGUAAGCCUCGUUGGUGUUAGCACAGUUGAAGUUGAACUUGUUCCUUGUUCAGUUUAUGUUAGAAAUGUUUUGACUGUAUGUGUGGAUUAAAUAAAAUGAUGAAACCAGGAGAAUGCAAGUAACGUCAAAGGGUGCCAUUUAGAUAGCACAUCAAAAUGAAUAAAUCAAAUUACAUGGCUCCGUACAAAAUUGUGUUUAUUCGUCAUGGUGAAAGUGUUUACAAUGAAGAGAAUAGAUUCUGUGGUUGGCAUGAUGCAGAUCUUUCAGUUCAAGGUGUAAAUGAAGCUAAACAAGCUGGUCAGCUUCUCCGUCAAAAUCAAUUUACUUUUGAUAUUGCCUAUACAAGUGUUCUAAAAAGAGCAAUUAAGACGUUGAACUUUGUUCUAGAUGAACUUGAUCUGAAUUGGAUUCCCGUCUCAAAGACUUGGCGUUUAAAUGAGCGGAUGUAUGGUGCUCUUCAAGGAUUGAAUAAAUCAGAAACUGCAGCUAAACACGGAGAAGAGCAGGUUAAAAUAUGGAGACGAGCAUACGACAUACCCCCUCCUCCAGUUGACAUUGAAGAUCCUCGCUUCCCAGGGAACGAAGCGAAGUAUGCAGUAAGUUUGUCCGUCUGA